AUGUUACUUUGCCUAAUAGUUCUGUGUUUACUUAAACACGACUUGACUGUCGCUAAAGUCAUUACAUUAAAAACAAUAGAAUUCAUAUCUAAUGCAAAUCCUACGAGACUAUCUAUACACAAGCAGAGCGAAAAGGAUCAAAAUGAUUUGUAUCCCGAGGAGAAUAUUCUUGGAAGAGACGCGGAAAAUAAAGUUACAGACAUCGAGAACAACACUUUAGACAGAAACAAGGUACAUACUGAGAAAAAUGUGACAGUAUCCAAUGAAAAAGGAAAUAGCGUUUUAAGCAAAGAUGACAUCACAUCUUAUAAAGUGCCAGAAAUAUAUUUGUCAAAGAAAGAUAACCAUUUUGAUCAUGUCAAAAGAUAUGUGCCCAUAAGUGAAGAUAUAAAAGUACCGGGAUUUUUGGAGCAAGAUUUAAAUAGGAAAAUUUUUAAAGACGGACUAAGAUUGUUACCGUUCUUAUAA